AUGCGGUUUGUGUAUCGUGGUCGAAUUGCCGUCUUCUCCGUGUCUGUUCUCCGAGACGAACGAAUAGUUAUAGUAGCCGAGCAGAAACCUGGAGCCACUGAAGAAGAUGCUUUUACGUGGAUGUCACGUGUUUUACAAGCAGUCGAUGCUAUUCACCAAGUUGGUGUCUACUGUUUAGCUCUAGUUCCGGCUAAUCAGCUACCUAAGACACCACUUGGUGGAAUACACGUUUCCGAGACGAGGCAGUGUUUCCAAGCUGGCGAAUUACAUCCGUCAACGCUGUUAAUGUGCCCACAUAGUUGUGUGAUAAAUUUGCCGAAACCACGAGAAGUACAGUCGGACAUCGGACCAGCUUCUAUGCUUCUCGGCAAUAUUGUCCAGGGUGUUAGAAUCGCUGGAGCUCAAGGGCGAUGUUUAGGCGCGGAAGAUGACAUGAAUCUAUUGGAAAUCCUUCGUUCGCGAUCUUCAUCAUCUCCAGAUCAUAGAUUGUUUACACUUGUCACAGCAAGGAAUGCGGAACAAGACUCAGCAACAUGUGCUAGUUUGUUGAAGAGAGCCGAAAGGAUAGCUGCUUUUCUUGUUGAACGAAAUCGUUUAAACGUUGGUGAUCAUGUAGCGUUGAUUUUCCCACCGGGCAUAGACCUUAUUGCCGCCUUCUACGGAUGCCUUGUUGCUGGUGUCGUUCCUGUGUCCGUUCGUGCACCAUCAGCAGCAUCUCUGCGGUCGGAACUUGCAUCGAUUCGAAUGAUUGUAGAUGUCAGUAGAGCAGUAGCAAUCAUAUCGAAUACUGCUGUCUGUAAGCUGUUGAAGAGUAAAGAGGCUGCUCAUCGGGUAGACUCCAAAGCCUGGCCGAUGAUCCUUGAUAUCGAAGAUUCUCCGACUUCUUGGAAGAGAAAAACCAGCUCGGAUUACUCGGACCCGUUGCCAACUGAUGCAUGUUAUCUGGACUUUUCUGUGAGCACAACUGGUCAACUAGUAGGUGUAAUUGUUAGUGUGGGAGGAGCCUUAAGUAUGUGCAGAAGCUUAAAGGUCGCUUGUGAACUUUAUCCUUCACGUCAUGUAGCGCUAUGCCUUGACCCAUACUCCGGUCUUGGUUUUGCAUUGUGGUGUCUUUCAAGUAUUUAUUCUGGACACCAUACCAUUUUAAUUCCACCAACCGAGGUGGAAUCUUGUCCAUCACUGUGGUUAACGACUGUUUCUACAUUGAAAGUUCGUGACACUUUUGCAACCUACGGUGUGCUUGGACUGUGUGUACAAGAAUUGGCAUCCCAAGUUUCGGCACUUAAGGAGAAAGGCGUUAAUCUUUCUUGUGUUCGAACUUGCGUCAUAGUAGCUGAAGAGCGACCUCGAGCAACGUUGGUGAACGCAUUCUCCCGUCUGUUUGCGCCUUUAUGGCUAUCACCACGAGCCGUUUCGACCUCGUUUGGAUGUCGUGUGAAUGCUGCUAUUUGCAUGCAGGGUGCAUCAGGACCAGAUCCCUCCAGCGUUUAUGUGGAUGCAAGAGCAUUACGAAACGACCGAGUUACUCUUGUUGGAAAAGGCGCACCGCAUAGUUUGCUGUUAAUGGAGAGUGGAAAGCUGCUUCCUGGAGUGAAGGUGGUGAUCGCUAAUCCAGAAACACGUGGCCAGUGUGCUGAUUCGCAUCUAGGUGAAAUAUGGGUGUCGGCCCCUCACAAUGCCUUAGGGUAUUUCACGGUGUACGGUGAAGAGACUAAUCUUCAAACUGAUCAUUUCAAUGCUCGUCUAGCCUUCGGUGACACUAUGACGAAGUUCGCACGUACUGGUUAUCUAGGUUUUCUUCGCCAAACCCAAUCAAUCACGGAAGACGGUGAGCUGCAUGAUGCAGUCUUCGUCGUAGGAGCACUUGAAGAAACACUUAUGCUGCGAGGAAUGCGCUACCAUCCAGUUGACAUUGAGGCGACCAUAUCGCGUUGUCAUAAGUACUUAGGAGAUUGUGCUGUAUUUACAUGGAGCCAUUUGAUAGUGGUUGUCGCCGAGUGUUCCGGUGCCGAAAGUGACGCACUCGAUCUAGUGCCGGCUGUAACAUCUUCGGUCCUUGAAGAGCACUAUCUAAUCGUUGGCGUCGUAGUAAUUGUCGAUCCGAACACCAUACCAAUGAACACGAGGGGUGAAAAACAACGACAUCUGCUACGAGAGAAUUUCCUUCAUGAUCAGUUGGAUCCUAUUUACGUUGCUUACAAUAUGUGA